AAAGUGUUUUUGUAAUUGCCGGCUCUAAAAUUUUUAAUCAUGUCUUAUAAUGCAUGAAGUUUGAUGUCGAUGAAUAAAUUAAUCUGAAUAUAUUGUAAAUAUAUUUAGAUUAAUUAAAAAAGAAAUUGUCAUUAAUGAAGAAAUUUUGAAAAUUAUUUUUUCUCGCUUCAAAGACUGAGAAACCAAACACUAAAUUAUUCAAAAGAAAACAAAAUGACUAUCUUUCAAGCGAGAACGUUAUCAGUCACUUAACGUGUUAUCAGAGAUAAUCUUAUUCCUCGUUAUUAUAUGUAAAAACAAUAACAGACAAAUAUCAGACCAUAAAAGUUAAAUGGAAAAACUACAUAAGUCAAGUAGUAAACCGUUGAUUAAAUCCAGUGAUAAUAUCAUGCAGAUAAAUCAGCUCAAAACUUAUGACACAAAAGGUAACACUAAAAAAAUGUCAGUGUUUUCAGAAUCUACAUUAUUUGUCACUUCAACUAAGAAAAGUUCUUUUUUUGGUUCACGUAAAAACAUUGUUGCAAGCAUUCAAGAAGAAGAAGAAGAAUACGAAGAAAAAGAAUUAGAAGAGACCAAGAAUGAUAACUUAUUACAAGAUAAUUCAAACAAUGUUGACUAUAUCAGAUGUAUAAUGUGCUGCAGCAACAAAACUUUUAUGCAUUGCACAAAUUUAAAUACAUUAAAAACUUGCUACAGAUGUAGACAUUUAAAAAACAGGAACGAAUUUUCAUUUAUUACUGAACGCAGACGAAGUUUACAAGAACUCACUUCAAUACCAGAACGUUUGUGCGAUAAUGAAACAGAUGCAUGCAAUCUGGAAAUGGUCGUAGAAAAAGAAGUUUAUAGACUUCUUCAAUUAAAAAAUCGAUACGGGAAAUACGAGUCAGUAGGUCGAAGAAAAAGUAUAAAUUAACUGAAUUUGCCAAUGAACAUUUUAAGGAAAAAACUCCUGCCUAACCCAUAAUAGCAAAAAUUAUGAAAACAUAUAUAGCGCAUAUAUUUAAUGUAAUGGAAAAGUUGUCCACUCCACAAGGCAACUAACUGGAGGAUUUGAUAAACUAAUCAUCCAUGUCAACUUUUUAACUAUUAUUUAGAUAUUUAUAUAUGUAUGUAUGUAUAUACUGUGCAUAAAUUAUAUAAAACACUUGCUGUAAAAUUUAUUAUUUCAUAUUUGGUAACUAUGU